AAAGUCGGUUCGUCGAGGGUAAACUGAGCGCAUCAAACGGCCGUUUUCAUUUUCUGGGUCUGAAUAAAUAUUCUUAUUUAAAAAUAUUCUCCUGCUCAGGGUGCGGCAAUUGAAUGUUGCCAGUGGAACUCAGAAGAAACGGUUAUUGCAAUCAUAUGAAACGUGUUAGUCGCGAAGCAAAAUUAAUUGUGGUGGAGUACCCUAGAUUGUGUCGGGAUUAUCAUGGGCUAUUUUAAAUUUUUGUCUUUAUUUCCGAGAAUCAGAAUAGUGAAAUUUUAGUUAAAGUGAUUUUUGUUUUGAAAAAGUUGGAUGAAAAUUCGCUAGAAAACUCGAAUGUCUGUGAAACGAUCCAGCUGCUACGAAAUCAUUGACAAAAGAAAAACAAAUUUCCCGGCCCACCAUCAUCAGUUUAGUCAGUUGUGAAGCAACAGUUUCUUUUCAGCCAUGCAUUACUGUGUAAUAAUAGUAGCAGGAGUGGGCGGCAGAGAGGGCAAAUUGUGGUAGAAAACCCCUGCGGGAAAGCAAGCAUCGGCACAGAGGAGCAAACUUUGAAAACCGGAGUGCACGGUUCGAUAGAGGGGGAAGCAGUCUGCUGAAAGUUACUGAAAGUGAAAUUAUGGGUGUCUAAGGUGUGUAAUUUAUUUUAUUAGCUCACCUGUGGAGCAAUCUAUCCCGGCAGGAUCGGAAUCGUGAGCGAAAGGAGAGAUUAAAAUUCAUCUUAUGUUUGUGCGAGCGAAAAUUUAAUGCAGCUCAUGCCUGGGAUAUGCUCAACGAAGUUCUUCACCGAGUCGUCCAAUUAGUUGCCCUACAUUAAAGACCUAUACAUCACUGGGUGUAGGACAUUCCGAGAAACGAAAUGGAUUCAAUCAGAGCGUCGCGAUUGUUGCUGGUUUUCUCGUUACAAUUUGUAUUCACUCCAGACUGCCACAACAAGGGUAUUAAAUCGUUCAUAGCUCCAUGACACGCAUCUACCCUCCGCAGGGUGGCUCUCGGGAUAACAAAGUGAGGUCGGCGGAAGGCGCGUGAUUGUGUGUGGGUUAUGCAUGCCCGUGGCGGUUCACAAUGGCAGAGUCGAAGAAAACCCUCACUCGGGCCGCUGCGGCGUGCCCACCCUGCUUCGGGUGCCACGUGGAAUGUACAGGUAGUACGGGGCAAGAUGACGUCACGUUGCUUGUGGCACGCGUGUCGAGCCUUGGCCCUUGGCAUCGUACUCAUGCUGGUCGGCGGCGGAAUGGCUACCGUUGGAUAUUACGCCAAUAAUUUUCCUUCGUUGUCCGAUGUGAAGAGCAACAGCACGUCAACGAUUCGUGUGAAAAACGAACACCGUGGAUUACACCUAAACAAUUUAUCCUACGUUGGACCUAUCAUCAUGGGAGUAGGUGGAUUCAUCGUGGUGGCAUCGUGUGUGAUGACGUUCGAAGCACGGGACUCAGCAGCUAAAGUGGUUCCAGCCCGGUUUAAAUUAAGUGGCACAGCAAGGAAUCCCAGUCGAAGCAACAUGUCCCGGCGGUCUACAAGUACUUCCAAUGGACCGGCAUCAGUGGCAUCGCAAACCGCCCGCUGGGAGCAACACUUGGGGGUGUUUCGGACUUCGCCAGCAGUUGAACAGGUGACGGAUCGGAAGGCGUUGACCGCAGCGCUUGUUCAUUUUUCCAAAGCACUCGGAACACCGAAAGCAAUCCACCAGCCGUGCGAAAGCCGGCGUGUGUCCCGCAGUGGCUCGGUACCGAAUCUGACAGCCGACAAGCUACCUGCUCCCCUAGCGGUUGAAUCACCUGCUUGUGCCAGGUCAGUAGUUCGACAUCACCAUCGCGGGUCGCGUGUCAGUAGCAUGGUUCAUCGAUCUACACGUGAAACCAACGGUAGCUUGUUGCAUCCUGGUACACUGCAUCAGAUGCAUCGGCAUGCACAGUCUGUGGAUGAGCCCGAGCCUUUCAUGAGACAUUCGAACCAAUCUGGUUCACACGGAUCGAUGCACUACGGCUGUUACCCGAAUGACGUACCAGCUGUGCAAAAGUUGCGUGACAGAAACAAGCGCUCGGACACGGCCCGAAAACAUGUCCUGUCGCGGCAAACCAAGUUCGAGAAAGACGAGCCGUCGGCCAGCCCCAGGCACAAUCCCUUUGCCGUCAGUCGACGCUCAUCGACAAUUUCGAAUGCCUCCUCCAAAAUGAAUCGAAGCAGUAGACGUGCCUCAACCGUUUCCAAGACACCGAGCGUUGAUUCGCGGGGAGCGCUUUCUACGGCGGAAGUCAAUAGUCCAGACCCGUCGGUGCAGGCAAUGACACCACGGAAAGCUAACGGGAUAGGCCAGAUGUCAACACCGCCGGUUGAGAGAGAAUGUCGAAGUCAAUUAUCCAUUUGCUCGGAACCAACUAUCGGACAGCGUAAUUUGUCGUGUCAGUCGAGCUUAGAGCCAUGUCUUCCCGAAGAAGACAGCCCAGAACAGGAUGAACCUCAGCCGGGUAUUAGUUCUGUAAGUGGAAACCCCCCGCAUCAGCCCAGUGAGGUAAGUCAUCAGAUGGUUCCGAUCGACAACAGUUCCGGUAUCAAUUCAUCGCCACCGGUGGCUCGGCCAGAUUCGUUAGUGCUAUCGGGUCGCAUGAUGAUGGCUAAUAGCGACACCGGCGAGAAAACAAGCCGUUUUUUGCACCGAAGCAAUUCGACGAAAAGUUGCCGUAAGCCGAAACCGAAAAUAAAAAGCAAAAAACUAAGCAACGAAUUCGAUCAGAUCUAUGUGAUUAGUUCGACUAGCAAUGAGGCUCAGUGGGUGGUUGUCCAGGGGGACACCGGAUGUAAUCGUUAUCCUAAUUUCUAUCACACACGUGACGACGAAUAUUACGAUUCGAUCGAAGUUAUUCAUGAAAGGCGUAGUAAAAAUUUUAGUAAGUUCAACAGUGUAUGUGAUGAGUUGCAGCAGACUACAGACGUGCAGCAGAAGCAGGAAACGGCGGAGGAACAGGAGCAGCCCACCAGCUGUUGCCCAGUCGGUGAAAGUCUGGGAGCGAAUAAAUUCAGUGUUGUGGCUGAUAUUUCACCGGCUAUGGCAAAUCUUCAUCCUGCUGACAGCCCAGAAAAGUCUCUUCCCGAAAAAGCAAUCAUCAAAAUGACUGCCUUCGAUAGCAGUGCAGAUAGUGCGGAGGGAAAGGACGAUACAUUCGAGUUUGCUGAUGACGACGCUAGUAAAGAACAAUAUACAUUGGAUCACAACAGUUCGAUUCAACGGUAUGACACAGUUAUCUACAAUGCUACUUCGAGCAGCAUCGAGAGUGCAGAUGCAGGGACAGAUACUGGUUGCAGUCAUGAAACUGUCGAUGUUGAAAACGUGAAAACUAGCAGUAAAGAUAAGUGAGAUUUGCGGCAGGACCGUCAAUAAGUACUAUCGAAAUGCUUACAGGGUACUAAUGUGAAGUGUACUAGGAACGAGUGUGUGUGUGAGGGUAUGAAAGUGCAUCCUUAUUUUAAUUAUCGGAUAGUUUGAGUAUUGAAAAUUAAACCUUUGAAUUUGAAAAUUGAAAUAUUAGUUGCUUGUUUGAUAUUGCAAUAUUUAUUUUUAACUAAGCUUAAUUGAUAUUUGAACUUUGAACAACUUUAAAGCUGCUGUAAAGUCAUUCUUAUGUCUUACACUUCAGAGAUUUGAUUCGACAGCAUAUUCACAAGGGGAUACUCACUGAUUGCUUUUAACUAGGAAAAUGCUGCACGGAGCACGCUAAGCGGAUUAACCCUUUCUAUUACUUUGAGAAUAAAUUGUUCGAUUGUCAGGUGAUAUUUUGUCGCGAAUUAUAGUAUAACAAUUAUAUUAAAAGAAUUUUAGCAAAAAUGUUUAAAAAUCAAUGAAAGAUGUGGAAACGAAGCAAUGAUUGCUGCUUUGGUAAUAACAAAAACAUUAAGUGAAUUGUUCAAUUUGUUGUUUGUACAUAUCGUUUUCUAAAUAAUUCUACAACAAAAUUUGUUACAAGAUUUUAAUAUGAAUUUAUAAUCUAAUAUAUCUCAAAAGGAUUUAUAUAGUACCCACUAAAAGUAGUCCACAAAUGUCACACUAUUUCUUAUAAGAAAAUAAGACUAAUUUAAAUUUCAAUUAUGUCUAUCCAUCAAAUCAAUCAUUUGGCUGAAAAAUCGUGUCAAAUUUUGUACUCACUAGCUAGGAUAAAAACUUAAUGCCUUAUAAAGGGUUAAAACAGGUGCACAAAUGGUAAGCAUCAGCAUUUCCUGCAAUUUCGAUUCUUGGCUGUUUCCGCAGUUGCAGUUUCCGGGUUUUGUUGGAAUCUUUAUUUCGGAAUCUUUUGGAUUGGAAAACGAUAGAGAAAACAUCAUCGAUGUGGAGCAUUGCAUUGGAAUUUUCGUUAUUUGCAAUCUAUUCCCUAUUCCUAACGUCCAGGUUCCAACCCAGGUUGUGUAGAAUAAGCAAAUACAUGUUUGACAAUUUUCUACUAUGAUAAUAGAUAGGUUUUUUGCAUACUUGAUUAAACGACUGCCGAUAAACUGCAACUUUAAUUCUGGCGAAGAAAAAUGUUUCUGAGGCAAGUAAAAAAUAUCUUCGAGUAUACUUAUCAGGGAUGUUACGGAUGUGAUUUUUCAGACAUCUGCAAAUGCGGAUGCACGUGCAUAUAUGUGAUUAAGGAUGCAGAUGUAGAUACGGAUGACAAUUUUCAUGCGGAUCCGCGAAUGCGGAUAUCCGUAGCAUCUCUUGUGUUUAAUUUUGUUUAUUUCACAUGACCAUGUCCUUCCCCUUCCCCAGUGCACUGUGGUUCCCCCGUAGGUCCUAAAGCCAAAAAUCAAAUUUGUUUAUUUUGGUAUUUCUUCACCUCUCAGCGUCCUUCGUAGUCUGAAGCUAACAAUGGCAUCAAUCAUUGUAUUGUAUCACGAAGGAAUUGUUAACUGUGGAGCUUGAAAGUGCGCAUAGUUUUCACUUUUAAACAGCUGUAAAAAGUAUGUUAUUAGAGUAAUUGAAAUUUCACCCCUUUUCAGUGAAUUUAAGUAUUCCAAAGUGGUUUUGUGAUAUGGAGAUCCAAAACAAGGAAUGUUAAACUUUUUCUAGUGGUUUUAAGAAUGUUGUAUUGUGUUGUUAACGACUGAGCCAAUGGUAAAAUAGGUACAUUUUGUUUGUUUUUGAAUGUUUCUUUAUGCUGUAAUAUUUUGCAACCCCUUUUCGACUAAUACCGUAUGACUUCAACAUAUUUAUAGGUUCAUUGCUUAGAUGUACAUUUUCCAAAAUUCAUAUCUUUAAAAUUUGAGCUGAAAAAUCGGGUAGGUUUCAUGAAAAGAUACAAAAUUUUUUAAAAUCUAGUAGCUCAUAACACCACCAAUGAGAGAACAGUUCCUUUUCGUGGUCAGCUUAAGAAGAACGCAAAAAGAUUUUUAUUUCAUCACUUUUUCUGACAUUCUGACAAAAUGUGAGUUAUAUUAUUUUGUUCAUUGUAAUGUACUUAAUAUGUAUAGUGCCAUCUAUACCUAUAAAAAUGCAGUCCAGUCUGUCUGUCUGAUCCAUAUAGGCUCGGAAACUACCGAACCGAUCGACGUGAAAUUUGUAUGUUGGGGUUUUAGGGGCCGAGAAAGGUUCGUAUGAUGGCUUGAGACCCCUCCCUCUUCUGGAAAGGAGGGCCCCCAUACAAAUGAAACACAAAUUUCUGCACAUCUCAAAAACUAACAAAGCUAAUGGAACCAAAUUGGUUAUGUGGAUGUUUUUAGGAGUAAAAAAUAUGUCCAUAUUGGUUCAACAACCCUCCCUCUUCUGGAAGGGAGGGGUUCCAUACAAUUGAAACAAAUUUCCGCACAUCUCGAGAACUAACCAAGUAAAUAGAACCAAAUUUGGUAGGUGGAUGUUUUAAGGGGUAAUAAAUAUAUCCAUAAUGGUUUGACACCCAUCCCUCUUCUACAAGGGAAGGGUCCCAUACAAAUGAAACUCAAAUUUUGCACAGCUCGAGAACCAAUCAAGCAAAUAUAACCAAAUUUGGCAAGUGAAUGUUUUUAGGUGUAACAAACAUAUCCAUAAUGUUUCGACACCCUUCCUUCUUCUGGCAUGUCUCCAAAUACCAUUUCUAAAUCCAAGAUGGCGACUUCCGGUUUCAGAAAAACAGCGGCAAACGACCAAAUACCACCCAACAUGCGAAUUUCCGGGAUUGUUAUGAUGCACUGAAGCCACAAAUCGACCUCAGACAACCUUUUGAAUUGUAAGAUAGCGACUUCCGGAGUCUGGAAAACAGCCGAAAAUGGCCAAAUACCACCCAAUAUGAGUGUUUCUUUAACCAGAAUGACGCUCAGAGGCCAAAAACUAUCUCCUAAUGCCAUUUUGAAAUUCCAAAUGGCGACUUUCGGUAUCUCCGGAACCAGAAUGAUGCAAGGAGCUAAAAAUUGACCUCAGACACUAUUAUGAAUUGUAAGAUGGCAACUUUCGGUUUCUAAAAAACGGCCAAAAAUGGCCUAUUUUCCAUACAAUAUGAGUAUCUUCGGAACCAGAAUGAUACAGAGGAGCUAGAAUCGACCACAGACACCAUUUUGAAUUCGAAGAUGGUGACAACCGGUUCCUGAAAAACAGCCGAAAAUGACCAAAUAACACCCAGUAUGGGUGACGCUCAAGGGCCAGAAAUUACCUCCAAAUGCCAUUUUAAAAUCCAAGAUGGCGAUUUGCGGUUUCUGAAAAAUAGCCUGAAGUGACCAAAUACCAGUUCAAAUUGUAAAAUGGCAACUUCUGGGAAACAACGGAAAUAACCGAAAACUACUACAUAUGGGUAUGUCCGUAAUCGAAAUGAUGUAAAGAAGCCAAGCAUUGACCCUGUGAACCAUUUGGAAUUCGAAGAUGACCACUUUCAGUUUCUGGAAAACAACGAAAAUAACUGAAAUGCACCCAAUAUAUUUCCGGAAUAGAGGUGAUGUACAAAAGCCAAAAGUCGAGAAUGUUGUCACUCCGAUUAAACCAAUCAUUUCAAACGAUAUAAACAAAUCGCAAGGAAUCAAUAAAUUUGAAAUGUUUAAAAUUAUUAAAUUAAACACCAAAAUAGGCGGGACGAAGUUUGCCGGGUCAGCUAGUAUCAAAUAAAUUUCCACAAUUUUCAAAUACACAUCAAGAAACACACCUCUUUUGUAGUAUAUAACUCAUGAAAUUUCUGCCGACGAACAAUGGAAGUUCGAUAAAUUGCAUUGUUAAGAAUUAAUAAUGAAGACUUGUACUUUUAGAUAAUCCUUGACCACGAACCUAUGAAAAAUACUUCGAAAUAGAUAUGAUUUUUGGAAUCAGCAUCAAAAAUACACUUAGUUUAACAUUUUGAACUCAAGACAUAGGAACAAUAUUUAUGACCGCCCUUUCUAGAAAAUGAAACCACUGUGCAGUGCAAAAGUGAUAUCAGUGAGCAGUAAAUACAGCAAGGUAACUUUUUGUACAAAUAAAGUGAAUAUAAAGUGAUAUUUUUUUCGCAUGGUAUGAUGUGGAUGCGAAUACGAAUGCGGAUGUCAAUUUUCAUGCGGAUGUUCCGCAUUUGUCUCCCGUUUCUGUCUCCCGUGAAAAAGUAGUCCAAAGUACAUUCCAGAUUCCACAUAGUGAGGAAAUAAAGUAUAGUGUAGGGGUACUGGGGGUAAGCCCGGCACUGAGGAUAAGACCGUCACCCCUUGGAUUUCACUAGAAAACGCUAAAUAACUGUGUUUUGGUAUAUGUGAAGUGUUGGUAUUUAUUAUUUUAGACAUUUUAAGACACAUCGAAGCCGCCUUGAAACGUCAAACGUCAAAAUAAUAGACAAAACACACGCUACUGCAGCUGAUGCGUAAACGGAUGUAAUUUUUCGUAAGUGGAACUUAAGCUUUUAUUCAUUCGAAAACACUAAAAUAAUUUUUUGUUUCACUACAAUUUAUUGCCUGUAUUGUUAGAAAUACUCUUUUUUAAAAAAAUGUGUGCUGUCGGGGUAACACCGUCACGCAGUGAGUGGGGUAAGCCCGGUAAGCCCGACAUGGUCUGAGGUUAGUUGGAUGUUACUGACACAUAUUUCUCAUCUAUUACCGAUGUCUCGCUGCGUAAAUAAAUUAAUAAAUCGACUUAGAACCAUGCACUCAAGCUCCUCUGUGAAUUAUGAAUGAUUCCAAGAGUUAUUAGAGGUGUCAAAUGUACUUAAUCAGGGCACAAAACUGACCGCUUUCCCGGUGGUAUUCGGAAUAUGCUCCGUUGGGGUCAAGGUGAUCCUGGCUUCGAUGAAACUAGUUAUUUAAAGUGUCACGUGAUAGGCUUGCCGAGUAUUAAAUUGUUUCAUUGUUUGUACAUAAUGUUCACCGGAACUUGUUCCGGCAAUCUCCCCAGAACCAGCUAUCCGACAAUAACCAAAUUCAACAGUAACACACAGAAAUGCAAGAUCUCUUCCGAAUUCAAAUUGGUUCAGCUAAUUCGAGUAAAUUCAUGAACAAACGUCGUUUUUAUCUUAGUUUCAAAACAUCACUAUUCCUUGUAAAAUAACAGUUUGAAAGUACUGAAGUCUUCAUAUCUUGUUGAAAACAAUAUGGGCAGUGAUUCUGUGAAAGAAAUAUAGCAAUAUUUGCCAUAAAGUCCUACUAAAGAAUCAUUUUCCUUAGGGGGCCGGGCUUACCCCAGCAAAAUUAGAAAGUAAAUAUUUUCAACUCUUCUUAUUGAUUUUUAAUCAUUAGCUUCAGAGGGGCUCUCUGCGACCAACACUUCUAACGCUACAGACCUUCAUUUUCAACGGAAAAAAAUAACUGAUCCAUUUUUCUUAUUCUGAAUAUAGAUAUAGCUUUCAAUAAAUUACCAAACAUUCAGCAGAUUUUUACAGCUAGAGAAGAAAUGCGAUCUGUCUAUCAUGGAUAAUAUAAGCUCACGCAGUUGUACUCUACAAACAAUUCGAGUUCCACUUACUUAGUUACCCAGUUACUUAUUUAUUUACUAACUUAGGCCGUUACAAAUUUUAUUUUCAUUUUAUGUCACCCCCCCCCCUUCAAAAAUCUUGAAUAUUGGAAGGGGAAGAAAAAAUGCUCAUACCGUUUUAUUCAUUUUAUUUGUUUUCCGACAGCGUUAAUGCUUAAUUUAGCAAUUAACAAGUCCAGUGACAGAGAGAGUGUCGUCAAAAGGCAAGCGAAAUGGAUAAUAAUAAUAAUAAAGUGUUAUUUUUCAACAUUUAUUUGAGUGCAAGUUACAAACGUCAUACUUGCACACAAACAUUUAUCAAAGAUAUUUCUUUUUUUUUCGUCUCGGUGUGAUUUAUUUUUUGCUACCCCCUUCGCUAAGUUUGAUAACCUUGGACAUAAAAAGAAUUCGAAAUUUGUAGCAGCCUUAGUUACUUUUAUGACGACAGAUCAUGAAGCUCUUAUACCGAAUUUAGAAUACGACUCAAUAAAACUUAGUAUUGAGCUGCUCCUCCCCAGUCUGCGCUUACACCCGCUGCUCGGCAUAUUCGUCGAAAGUACAUAUACAUCCAACGUGUGUGGGGUUUAUACUAAGUUAUCGGCUUCUUAUCGGGUCUUUGUAAAAUAAUUUCUUAACUGAUCCCUGAUUUGCCAUACGUGUUACCAAAGAUGGCUAGAACAAGAUAUCUGACUCUUGCAGUAUGCAGCGGACACGAUUGUCACUGCGCGUGAACGAAAGUCGAACUAAUUUGUAUACUGGUAAUUUGAUGUUGACGGCAAGGUGGCACCAGGUGUAGUAUUUUUUUCAAUAUCCUUGUAUGGUCCUGCCAUCUAACUUUCAAUAUCCUUAUACGAUGCUGCCAUUGAGUUUUCACUUUCAUCUGGCGGAUUAUGCACGAUAAAUCGAUUUUGCUAAUAAUCAGUUUUAUGCGCAUUUAAGUCAUCAGAUGGCAGCACUACUCAUUGUAAAGGUAUCGUGAGUAAAAUGUAUGAAAAAACUGAAAUUCAGGUAUCUUGUUCUAGUCAUCUUUGGUGUUACGUAGCCAGUACAAUGUAAAUUGUAGUGUUUUAUUAGCAUGACAAGUUCAGCACCCAUUUCCAUUUUCUAUUUUGCCACCGAAUAAUAAUCUCAAGAUUCUACGCUUGAAGACCACAAAUGUGCUGCCUUCUUUAAACAAACCUAUCAGCCACUUCGAAAGCUUCUCAUCCAUCAUCACCACGGCACCAACGCCUGUACGACUAUCACGCGCUCUGGCAGUCACCGUGUGCUUCGUUUUGGCAGUGCUUAUACAACAAUAUCGCACGCUUAGCCUAGAGGCUAAUAGCGGUCUCGACCAAUUAGAUUAUUAGUUGAGAGAAUUCGUUAUCGAUAUUGUUUUUGGCACAUUAUGUAGGAUAAGUACAACGACACACCGUGCCCCAGUGCUAAGUCGAGAAAAUUUCCAGCCCGAAAAGAUCUACGACUCGAUCGGGAAUCGAACCCGAUAUCACAACCGUGUGGGAGAGCUAGCCGAACGACAUCACUAACCACAGAGCCACGGAGACCACGAAGUGCUUAUGGAGUCAAAUUCUCAUAACUUCCCUUUCAAAUUUGUCUGUUAGAGCCGUAAAGGCGUCCUCCACAGUUCUACAACUGACACCGAUAAUGUCGAUGUAGUUCACGAAGCCUAGAAGCAUGAGGGCCCUUGUGAUGAUGGUGCCGCUCCUCAGCACACCAGCCUUUCAUAUAGUACCUUCUAAGGUUAUGCUGUGACAUGCAGUGUGGAGUGGUGGCUCUCACUGAAGCCAUCCAUCUCCGUAAGAGCCCAGAGGGACUCAGGUAGCCACCAUAAAACACCCAUUAGAGGAUAGGUUUUGCAGCCCGGGACUGAUCACGAUCUGGGGGGUAGAUGACGGUAACACUAAUUGCGACCACCAGUCGGUGUGCUACAGCGUAGACCAUAACGUGAGGCGGCUAGCGAUAGGAUCGUAAUACCCAAAACUAGCGAAGGGUCGGCACCGGCCGAACAAACACCAGUGGUGUUACCGUAUAUCAUUGAGAGACUAUUUCCACGCCAAGAUUCAAGUCACUGGUCUCCGGUUGUCGAACUACCACAAACUGUAAGUGAUGGCAGCCAUCUAUAGGUUGGGGAGGCAGUAAGGGUUAUGGAUGAGGAACUCUUUGAUAUCGCAAACUCUUUGAAGGUGAGCAAGGCGCCGGGACUAGACGGAAUUCCGAGCCUGGCCAUUAAGCCGGCCAUGAAGGUUGUCCUCGGGCGUUUCAGGACGGUCAGUCAGAAAUAUUUAGGUGAUUGCCUGCCAGGACCAGGACCGAAGACCGGGAAACCACCAGGUGACCCAUCGGUAUAUAGACCCAUCUGUUUGCUAGACACAGCGGGUAAGGUGUUUGAGAGGAUUAUCCUCAAUAGAUUUGUGAGAUUUACGGAAGGUGAAAAUGGUCUAUCAAGCAACCAGUUUUUUCCGUAAGGGUAGGUCUACGCUGGAUGCUAUUCUCUCUGUCACUAAGACAGCCGGGAUAGCACUCCAACGUAAAAGAAGGGACAUCCGCUAUUGCGCAAUUGUCUCACUCAACGUGAAAACGCGUUUAAUAGCGCUAGGUAGGACGUAUAGCUGUCAAACUACGGAUUCUUAGCGUACUGGUGCUGUUGUAUGAGACCCUGGAAAACUACUUCCAGAAUAAUAUACUCGUUUACAACACAGACGAGGGUCAUAAAUGCGUUCCAGUCACUGCAGGAGUACCGCAAGGUCCUAUUCUGGGACCGGUGCUGUGGAAUACCAUGUAUGAGAGUGUGUUGAAACUAACUCGAGCCCUACUUACUUACUUACUUACUUACUUACUUACUUUCUUACUUUAAUGACGACAGAUCAUGAUGAUCUUAUACCGAAUUUAGAAUACGACAAAACAAAACUCGGUUUUGGGUUGAUCCUCUCUAGUAACCCCUUACACCGGCUGCUCGGGCAUCGUCGUCGACAGUACAUAUCCAAGGUGUGCGGCGUCUGUCCUGAAGUAAUCGGCCAAUGCUUGUCGGGCCUCGUUAAGAUAACUGGUCGCUGAUUUGCCAUACGUGCUACGUGGCCAGUCCAAUGUAAAUUGUAGUGUUUUAUCAGCAUGACAAUAUCAGCGUGUGGGCCAGCGUCACUCAAUUUUCUCGUCGGCCACCGAACAUUAAUCGCAAGAUUCUAUGUUCGAAGACUACAAACGUGCUGCCUUCGUAUUGUACCUUUUAAGGCUAUGCUGCGACAAGCAGUGUGGAGUGGUGGGUACCACCGAGGUAAUCCGCCUCCGUAAGAAUUUAGCAGGGACUCAGGUAGCUACGAUAAAGCACCUUUUAGAGGUUAGGUUAGGACUGAUCUUGGUUAAUAGACGACGGUCACACUAAUAGCGACCGCAAGUCGGUGUGCUAUAGCGACCACAACGACAAGUAGAGCUAAUGCUCCAACCAUCCGCGGCUGGAAGUCAUUGCACUUUAAUGCCGAUGUAUUUGAGAAAGCAAUUAGGAGAGAACGCCGAGGUGGAGAGUCCUACCCAAGUGCUGAUCAACUAACUGCUAUACUAUCGCGACACCAACAUGCCUAGGAUUAGGCAGCCUUAAAAGGGAAGGGGGCCGGUAUACUACCGUACCCAUGCGAUAGCAGACCAUCGCAGAGCGUACCUCUGGGCGAGGCGAAGUUGCAGCGUGCGCGUACCGAUAUGCAAAGCAAGAAGCACUAGAUCGCAUUCGCACCUAAUGGCUAAUGGUAAUGGCCAAAACUAGACAGAAUCCAGAACCUGGAUAUUAGGACGGCCAUAAAGAUAGACCCCGGAUUUUUCAAGGUGGUCAUACAGAAAAGCUUAGAUGAUGGCCUAUUCCCGGAUAAGUGGAAGCGACCGGGAGAAAUGGAAGCCUACUGCAGAAGGCCAGGAAACCACCAGGUGACCCAUCAGCAUAUAGAUCAAUCUGUCUGCUAGACACAGUGGGCAAGGGCCUUGAGAGGAUUAUCUUCGAAGGACUUGUGAGUUUCACGAAAGGUGAAAAUGGUCUAUCAAGCAAAGAGUUUUUUUCCGCAAGGGCAGGUCUACGAUGAAUGCUAUUCUCUCUGUCGCUAAGACAGCCGAUAUAGCACUCCAACGUAAAAGAAGGGACACCCGCUAUUGUGCAAUCGUCACGCUCGACGUGAAAAACGCGUUUAGUAGCGAUAGUUGAACUACUUCUAGAAUCGUAUACUCGUUUACAACCCAGAUGAGGGUGAGAAAUACCGCCCAGUCACCGUAAGAUUCCAUCCUGGGUCUGGUGUUAUGGAAUACCAUGUAUGACGGUGUGUUGGAACUAAAGCUCUCUCUCUUUCUCUCUCGGAAUGGUGGUUAUCAGUCUUGCGGACGAAAUGACUCUAGAAGGCUAUGGUGAGGCCAUAAAAAUGGUCGAGUUGAAAGCUGUGCUUUCAAUAAAAAUCGUAGAAGACAGGACGUAGGUCAUUGUGGUAAACAACCGCGAAUCGGAGCAGGAGGCGAAAAUUAGUACCGGUGGAUGCACUAGAGCCCUAAAGCGAUCAUUUAAACUCUUAGGUGUGAGGGUCGACGGCAAGCUGACCUUUGGGAGUCACGUCGAUGCAGGAGGGCUUCAACGGCCUUUGCAGCAUUAUUACGUAGAAUAUCCAAUAGUUCAGCAGUAUAUGGCAACAAACGCGAAUUGCUUGCCAGCGUAACCACAUCCAUUCAGGUAUGGCUCAUGUUCCGAGUCGCGUGUAUCACACGGUGUCAUAUGAAGCAGUCCGUGUCUUGGCUGGCAUUGUGUCUAUCAGAAUCAUCGUCAAAGAAGACGCAAAAUGCUUCGUUGGACGCGACAUGAGGGACGAUCAGCUUCAAGAGUCAGAUGGCAGAGGGAUUGAUUCAAUUCUACCAAGGUAGAUGGACGCAUAGACUCAUACCGACGCUAGCCGGAUAAAUCGCGAGGUGACAUGGGGAAGUCAACUUUAAUCUGACACAAAUUCUAUCAGGCCAUGGUUGCUUCAGGCAGUAUCUACAUAGGUUAGGCAAUGCAGGUUUUAUCGUUUCUCGGCACAUAUAUAUGGCAAUAGAGCUGUAUUUGCACUUGAUCCUCAAUACGCAUAAUCGGCCAAUAAUGGACCUCCACCUAAUUACACGUUUCAUUUACUUCAUUAGUAGCACGAAACUGACGCCUCGUUCCGCUCUGUUGUAGCCCCUGUAGAGGGUGGUGGUAUUUUGAAGUGCCUGUGGUCGGGUCUACUGCCCGGCAUUAACGUUCUCCCUCUGACGCAGUCCUGCAGUCUUUUGCUGCUUUCUUUCAACACAACCGUUCCGAUCCUGCAUUCCUUUAAUUUUUAACCACAUCGAAAAUCUAAAUGGUCAUCGGCCCAACAUAGCUGUGGUUUCCCAUUCACCCGUUUCGUCUGACUUGUUGUUGUACUAUCAGAGCGUCGGAGGACUGAAUUGCUCACUAGCUGCCUACAAACAUGCGUGCUAUAACAUAUACUCCAUCACGAAAACGCCGUUAAAUGGAAGUACGGUAUCUAAUUUACUGUCUGACGAAUCAUAUGCUUUAUUGUUCUCCGACAAACAGUGAUAGGCUUUCAGUUAGUAGUAUCCUGCUGGACAUCUGGUCUUGUAUCAAAAAAUUUCCAAGUUACUCCAAAAUUGACCACAACUCUGAGUUUCGAUAUCCUUGUCGUCAUAUACUUCUCUCCCAACCGUGUCAAUGAGCGCGUAGUCAUAGAGUAGCAUAUCAACUUUCUUACUUAAAGCAGGCUCACAGAUAGAUGCUUUGAAACAGAUCUCUAUGCUGCAUUCGAUAAAGUUAUUUACGAAAUAGCAUUGGCUUAGUUCGAAGGUUUCGGCAUUAACGAUAGUGCUUAUUCUUGGCUGCACUCCUGACUAACCGGAAUAUAUUUGACGAAAUAGGUGAUUAUGUUUUGUGCUCUUUGCUAGUGAAAUCUGGCAUUCCACAAGGUAGUAAUCUUGGACCAUUCCUGUUUCUGCUGUACUUGAACGAUAUAAACUACGUCCUGGAAUACCAAAAACGUUCCACACGAUCUGAAGCUUUACUACGUCAAAAAAUCAUGUGAUACUUCCUAGCUAUUUAAAAUAAACAAGAUGUCUUUGCAGCAUGUUGUAAGACAUGUUGCUUAACUUUAUCCUUUAUGUUUUGAGCGAUAAUACUAUGAAAGCCAAGAAAACCGUUAAAACACUUGGAGUAUUGCUCGAUCUUGCAUUAACUUUAAAAAAAAAGCCAUAUGUGGUUUCGAAAAUUUGGCAAAUUAUUUCGAUCGUUCUGGAACGGCCAGUUAUAUUUUUAUGAGAGCUUCCCUUGUUAUAUUUGUAUCACGUUAUUUUCGUUUCAUAGUUUGUUUUCAAUUUUGAUUAUAUUGCCAAUUAGUGUGCGUGAGAGGAAUUGUGAAAAAACUUUACUACCCAGAAUGGAUGAGCAACGCGUCAGGGAGAACCCAAGCUACACAACAAUUAAAACAGGCAUAAUAUUAGCAAAUUACCACUAGCAGUAGUCCAGUAUGACUUAGAAUUAAUGGAAACCUAAAUUGUAACCCAAAAAAGUGCUCAAACCAAAGGCUGGAAUUGAAAUAAAUGAACACAAUUUAAACAUUAUAUAUAGGAUAAACGUAUUCAAACAAGUUUUGAACAGUUGUUUAUACUUCAACUUGUUCCGUCACACGUGUCUGUUGUUCAUCCUUUGACAGAAAUCGGCCCAUCGUCGUCCACCAUUACGUAACCAAACAUAACCAUUGAUCGCAAAAGAGGCCUCAAACGUUGUUGAAAGUCUAUUAUAUCUUAUAAAACAUUAACUGCAAGUAGCGAAUUGUGGGUGAUUGCAAGUUGGAAGGAGAAAGUAAACUGUUAAAAUAAACUACCGCGCAGAAUGAAAACUGAUGCCAAACAUAGCAUUUUCAUAUCAACCGUAGGUUUAUACAAGCGAGAAAUAAAUAAAGAAAACUUGCAGACGGUAAAAGGAUAUGUACCUAUAAGUAAGCAUUCUAUGUGAGCAAAUAACUUUUUAUCGGUGUUUUAUUACCUUUUAUGCCGUCCCGCCUGCCCACGUGAUGCUUUUUUUUUCCACUGUCGUUAGUGUGUUUAAACCGGUUGAUCUGAGUUCAGGAAAAAGAGAAACUUUGUGUAUAGUUUUUGAAACGAUGCCACUCAGCUAGGUAUAGGCAGGGGUUGUGAAUAGUAAACAGUUGCAAGCAGGUCGAGCAACAUGAUUUUCAAUUGUUAUGUUUCACAAACCUUUCCCCAUUUGCUUGAGUAUGGAAAACAAAAAUACAGCAGAAGGCCAAACGGAGCAAUUGCCACCAUGUAGAAGAGUGUUUAUUCAUGACGUAGAAUAUAUCAGUGACACGACUGUCAUUCGAAACUGUUGUUAACUAUAGACUGUCUGUAAUGGAGGAGAUGCUUCUUUUACACGAUGUCUAGCAUUGAAGUACACGCGUGUUCGUUGUUGUCUGUAAGAAAAGUCACCGUAGGCUCAAAACCUCGUUGAAAAUGCGAUGAAAUAAAUGUACUUUUGAUGUAUA